UUGAUAUCUUCCAACAACUUGGAUCACAGAAGUGAUGACGACCUUUGACGACCUCCUGGAAGAGGCUGGGCCUUUCGGCCGCUGCCAGAGGCGUGUCUUCGCCCUGCUCUGUCUGUUGUCGUUACCUUUUGCAGGCGUGUACGUCGGCAUCGUCUUCCAGGGUUUCACCCCGGAUCACUGGUGCCGGGACCCCGCAGUGGUGGAGAGGAGGCAGGCGUGCAGCUGGAGCCUGGAGGACAGUCGCAGGCUGACGGUGCCUCUGGUCAACAGCUCAGGAGUGAUGCAGCAGAGCAGCUGUGAGCGGUAUGCGGUGGACUGGAACACAACAGGACUCAGCUGCGACACACAGGAACUGAACCUCAGUGGGGUCCCAGUCACCACAUGCAAGGAUGGCUGGGAGUAUCAGUAUGAAGGCAGGAAGUCCUUUGUCACAGAGUUUAACUUGGUGUGUUCAGAAGGAUGGUAUGUGGACAUGUACCAGUCCACUCUCAAUGUGGGCUUUCUUGCCGGCAGCUUUGCUUUUGGUUUCUUUGCUGACAGGUUUGGCAGGAAGAUCAGUUUCCUGUUGUCCAACGUCCUGAAUGCGAUCUCGGGGAUGGCGCUGGCCUUCGCUCCAAACUACGUCUCCAUCCUGGUGUUGAGGUCCAUUUUUGGCUUCGGAGUCAAAGGAGGCUGGAUGUCCACAUAUGUGCUGCUCACAGAGAUUGUUGGAGUGGAGUACAGACGGACGGUGGGGAUAUUGUUCCAGAUGUUCUUCAGCGUCGGCGUCCUCAUCCUCCCUCUGCUCGCCUACUUCAUAGCCGACUGGCGCUGGAUGCAGGUCGUCAUCACUGCACCAUACAUCCUCUUCCUGUCCUACUACUGGCUUAUCCCAGAGUCUCCGAGGUGGCUCAUCUCGCAGAACAAUUCUUCCAAAGCUCUGGAGAUCACUGAGGCCAUCGCAAAGGAGAAUAAGAGGAACCUCAAGAACGUUAAGACGCUGACGGAUGAGGAAGGCGACUCCACCUCUGCCUCUUUGGUGGACCUGUUCAGAACUCCAAAUAUGAGAAAGCACACUUUGAUCCUCAUGUUCAACUGGUUCACCAGCGCUGUGGUUUAUCAAGGCCUCAUCAUGCGCGUGGGGAUCGCAGGAGGAAACGUCUACAUCGACUUCUUCAUCGCUGGACUGGUGGAGUUCCCCGCCGCCUUCCUCAUCCUCUUCACCAUCGAACGCAUCGGCAGACGCAUUCCCUUCGCUUCCGCCAACAUCGUAGCUGGAGCCGCCUGCUUGAUCACGGCUUUCAUUCCUGACAGGAUGUCCUGGUUUAAGACCGUGGUGGCCUGCAUCGGGCGGCUGGGGAUCACUGUUGCCUUUGAGAUGGUGGUGUUUGUUAACACUGAGCUCUACCCGACAUACGUGAGGAACCUGGGAGUGUCCGUUUGUUCCACGCUGUGUGACGUUGGAGGCAUCGUCGCUCCCUUCCUGCUCUACAGACUGGCUGCCAUCUGGCUGGAGCUGCCACUCAUCAUCUUCGGAGUCGUCGCGUUCGUAGCUGGAGGUUUGGUGCUGUUGCUGCCGGAAACCAAAGGAGUUCCUCUCCCUGAGACCAUCGAGGAUAUUGAGUUUCCUAAUAGGAAACAGGAAGAUGCGGUGGAGAACCAACACAUGAAGAAACUUUUAAAAUCAGACCUGACAAACAACAAGGAAACAACAACUGUGUGACUGUGACUGUGUGUGUGUGUAUGCGUGCGUGUGUGUAGACUUAUUCACUGUGACAUAUUAUGUUAAAAACAAGGAAGGUUUUUUAAAACAUUUCU